GGAAGCCAAGACAGUCCUGUGCACGGCCACCUCAGACUCCACCAGCCGCCAGAGAGCAGAACGGUGGCCGUCUUGGGGACCACAGGAGGUGCUGUGUGCCCCCAUGACGCCCGCCCCUACCCGCCUGGCCCACUCGCCUCCCUGCUCCCUGCUGCUGGCGCUGUUCCUUGUCCUCUCAGGAGCCUCUGAGCAGAGCAAUGGGAACGAGUGGCAUGCGCUACAGCCGGAGGGCCCCAUGCUGGUGGCAGAGGGUGAGACGCUCAUAUUGAGGUGUACGGCGGUCGGCUCCUGCGUUGAUGAUAUGAUUAAAUGGGUCAAGGUCAGCUCUCAGGACCAGCAAGAAAUUUAUAACUUCAAACGUGGCUUCUUCCCCGGGGUGGUGCCCAUGAUCCAACGGACAUCAGAGCCACUGAACUGCGACUACUCCAUCUACAUCCUCAAUGUCACCAAGGAGCAUGCUGGAACCUACCACUGUGUGAGGUCUGAUGGUCUGAGUGAACACUCAGAAACGAAGGCGGAUGAGGGCACCUCGGUGCUUGUGAAGGGAGCUGGGGACCCCAAGCCAUACCUCUGGAUCAUCCAGCCCCAGGACUUGGUGUUGGUGACCGCCGGAGACACUGCCUUCCUGAACUGCACAGUGCUUGGAGACGGGCCCCCUGGACCCAUCAGGUGGUUCCGGGGGGCCGGUCUGAGCCGAGAGGCCAUUUACAACUUUGAAGGCAUCUCCCAGCCCAACGUGACAGCAGUGCGGGCCUCCAAGAAUGACUUCAGCAUUCUUCUGGGAGCCAUCUCCACUGAGGAUGCUGGCACCUAUUACUGCAUAAAGUUUCAUAGGAAACCCAAUAGGCAAUACCUCUCUGGACAGGGUACCACGCUGAGAGUGAAAGCGAAACCCACCUCUUCCCAAGAGGCAGCAUUCUCUGGCGAACAUGUAGCCAGGAUAUCUCCAACAGGCCUCCUGUCUGUGCUCACACCUGUGGUCCUGGGGCUGAAGGCAGUGACCUUGGCUGCACUCCUACUGACCCUGGCUGCCUGCCGGAGAAGCUCUGAGCAAGAAGACUUCAAGACCUUGGGCCCAGCAGAGCCUCACAUCUUAGCAUGGGGCAAGGGGCAAGGAAGGUGUUCCUGAGCAUCUCUGAGCUCGACCAGACAGACCACCUGUGCGCCUCCAUCUACACUCUUCUCUCCCCAUUUCCUGCCUUCUUUCCUUCCCCCUGUGGCUGGCUGGGGGAGUGUAAGAGUUAGAAUGCAGGUCUAGCAGUUGUCACAAGGCUCUUAAGUAAUAGAGGCUUAAACCAGAAAAAAGAUGAUUUCUCUAGUAACAUCCGGCCAUAAGCAAGCCAGGCAAUACUGGGGCUCCCUGGUUUUGAGCAAGGGAUUGCUUGAUCUUGUUGUUACCAGGUCCACAUUCCAGGCAGCCAGACUGGGGAAGAGGUGGGGGAAGGGAGCAUGAUCCUCUCCUUUAAGGGCACAGUCAGGAACUGGCCCACCUCACCUUUAAUUGGCUGGAAUGUGGUCACGUGGUCAUACCUAGCUGCAAAAUCAGCUGGGAAAUGUAGUCUUUAUUCUGGCAGCAAUGUGCCCUGCUGAACUGGAGGGUGGAUAUCAGGAAAUAACCAGUAAUCUUUGCCACAGUGGCAUAAAGGCAGCCUCCUUCUUGCUAUGUAGAACAGUGAAGUUUAAUUCCCAGCGCCUCUUCCCACCACCACCUCCACUAGGGCAGCAGUAACACGGGGCAGCAGUUCUCAAGAAGAGUCAUUUUGCUCCCAUGGAACUUUUGGCAAUGCUAGAGACAUUUUUGGUGGAUGCUACCACCAUCUAGUGGGUAGAGGCCAGGGGUGCUGUUGUUUCUCUACAACAAAGAACUAUGUAAUGCAAAGUGUCAGCAGUGCGGAAGUUGAAAAGCCCUGAUGUAGGGAGACGUUUGCGUGCCCAUGAGUCGGUCACGCUUGACUUCUAACCCUGAAGCCUCUGCUUCCUCACUGGGUGCCCUUAGUGACUAAUCUGUCACUUCCCCUCAAGAAACAUUGAGGACCUCUCUGCCUUGUUUAAGAACCAAUACAAUUCCGCAUUUCCUGAGA